AUGAAUAACAAUUUCAGCAGCACUACCACCAACUGGGAUUCAAGUAACAACAACCCGACUGGAAUCAGUAGUGUGGUUUCAAAUCAGCCUUCAUAUGUUGAUGGCGGCAGCGGUGGAUUUGGCACUUCUCAAAUCGUUACAGACAGUAGACCUUCAUUUGGUGGCGGUGGAGGCUUCGGUUCUUCGCAAAUCACUACCGACAGUUCACUUGGCGGUGGGUUCGGAGGUGGAUUCGGAAGUAGCACGGUAACAACCACAACAACUGGAUUUGAUGGUGGUUUCAGCACUUCAUCUUCCGGAUUCGUUAGCAGCGGUGGAAUGGGUGUUGAUCAAUAUACAACUGAUAGCUCGGCUGGAGGAUUUGGAACUACGCAAUCUAACACCACUUCAUUUUAA